AUGGAAAGUAGCGGUUCUUGUCAUGGCGCGACGGGCGCGACAGGACAUGGCGGGGUCGGCCGUGGUGGAGUGAGCGUGGCGAGGUGGAGCAUGGCGAGUGAGGCGUGGCGUGUGGGCAUGUCGAGGUGGGGCGUGGCGGGGGUGGCGUGGCGGGGAAAGGUGGGGCAUGCGGGGCGGGCGGAGCGUAGCGGGGCGAGGCGGAGCGUGACCUGGCGGGAGGUCGUGUCGUGGGCAGUGGUGGCCGUGGCGGAGGUGGAGAGUGGCGAGCAGGAUGGGCGUGUCAUAGCGUGGGUUGGUGUGAGCGGAGUCACCUCCAUUCUGGCCCUUCGCCGCGAGUUGCCUGUUGCUUCCAGCGAGGCGAGGACGGUCCAGCUGCGGUGUGGGAGAGCAAAGGGAAAGGCAGGAGGAUAUCGACGUUCGUGAGGGGACUCGCGAAUUAAUUGGAGAAAAUUUUAUUGAGCUCUCUUUGCAUCCCGAGGAGAGAACGGCUGGCCCGAGCACCUGUGACUGCCCACCUGCGACUCACAAAAACAUUUCGUCAGAACCCGGUUGACAAACUCCACCAAUUCACGAGACGUCAAUUCGCGAGGCAAAGAUACGCACGGGGCAAUUUGUGUUGGAUACUUCAUUGCUGCAGAAUGCUGAUGAAGAUGUCAAUGGAGGAAGAUGGAAGAUGGACGUAUGAGGGUCAUUACUAAACAAUGAACGGAUACGGAAGUGACAUGAGCUAUCAGAAAAUGGGGCGGAAUAUUCUUUUUACUUUCUUGCAUGCUACUUACGUAGUGUAGAG